AUGCGGCAGGCACGAAUCCCUAGAGCCGAUCUCUUUGACGCUAAAGAGAUCAAUGGCGGCAGUUCCACUUACUGGGGCGGUUUUCUAGCGAAUGGGUGUAAACCGCCCAAGAACAACCCAAAUCAACAUGCGCCUUUCAGGAAUGCGGCCAUGUACUUCAGUUAUCAAGGCUUGAAAGCCAAUGACAUCACGACAAUUGACCCUGACCGCCCAGCCAGACUCAUCAGCCAAAAUCUGCAAACAGGUCAGGGAGCCGAACCACGAAACGAGAAUACCUUUCCAGACAUAGAUUUGGAGCCGUAUUGGUCGGCGAGGGCUGACAGCUACUUCCAAGAAGGCUCGAUAGAGAAGCAGAUCGUGAAUACGCUCAUCCAACGAUUCGAGGAGUUAUUCACGCAGAAGGAUUGCCCGAACAAGAUCUAUAUACUUGGAAUGGACUCAAUGUGCUAUAAACAUUCGAGUUGGACGGCAGCAGAAACGGACAGAGAAAGAAGGAGGGUGAUUUCGCACUAUAUGUUUGCUCUCGACAUUGCGAAGCGUUUUAUUCAAAGGUUUUAUAACAACUUCCGCAACGUGAAGGCCACAACCUACAGGAUUUGUGUGGACACGACAUGUCUUUGCGAGACCGAUAUCAAAUUCAUGAAACAGAAAUUCGAGCUCCAAGAAGGCUACCUAUUGGAGACGAGCCAUCUGGCAGAUAUUCUUGGAAACAAGAUGAACAGGCAAUCCAUUUUGAUCAUGUUCGCGCCGAAAAAUCCAAUUCGACAGAUGCUCGCGGAUGUGUGCGCCUCACUCGUAAGAGAACUUUCUCCUUACGUUGUCAUUUGUCCGCCCUGGGAGGUUGAUACAUUAGCUCUUGAUGACUAUCACGGAGGGGACCGGACGUCUAGCAGAGUGUAUGAACUCUUCCAGGAGCAUCGUUACAAAUCGAAACCCUUCACAUACAAUAAGGAUUUCAUACAGUGCUAUGGUAUACUUGGGUAUCACCUGCGCAGUGACUGGCAAGUCCCUAUGGAAUCGCUAGACACAUGUGUGGUGACAGACUGGGGUCAUUACUUUUCUGAGCUAGACAAACAAUACCAGUGA